AUGAGUAUUCAUGCGAAGAAAAUUGUAAUAGAUACAGGUGCUUACAUGCGGGCCACUCAUUUAGAUCGCUACGGCGAAAGAUUACAUACUACGCAAAAAGUAGCGUUGGAAAUACAAAAGUUCAAAGAUGACCCUGCUCUAUCAUGUUUGAGGUCAAUUGAAACUAUAAAUAUUGAGGAUCCUGAGGAUUCCGAUCUGGAACUAGUUAGAUCAUUUGCCAAAAGUACUGGCGAUUUACCUUUUUUAUCUCAGGCAGACAUAUCUGCUAUCGCACUAACAUAUAAAUUUUUUAGGCAAGGAGGAGGUACUAUCAAUUUAAACCCUAAGGAAAAUAUUGAAAUUUUACCAACAAAAUUUGCCAAUGAUAGUGUAAAAUCGAAGGGUAAAUUUGAAUGCAGUGGGUUUGGGUUUAACAAGUGGAUAACCAAAAAAAAUUUAAAUAACUUACCUGGUGACUUGAGUUCUGAUUCCAGCUCAACGAAUUGCAUUGUUGCUUGUAUGACAACUGAUUAUUCGAUGCAAAAUUUAUUGUUGCAUAUGGGAUUAUCAGUCAUUACAGUGAACGGCUUGGCAAUUAAAACCGCGAAGCGCUGGGGCCUGAUCUGCCGUGCCUGCUACUUUGCCACUAGCAAUUCUACAUUGUUGUUUUGCGAAAAGUGUGGGCAUAAUACAUUGGACAAGAUUGCCAUUAAUAUAUCAAAAGAUGGCAUUGUCACUGCAAUUGAUAAGCGAAAGUAUAUAAACACCAGGGGCACAAUUUAUUCAAUCCCAAAGCAGAAAGUUGGAAGGCAUGCCAAUAACCUUAUAUUAUCACAGGAUCAAAUGCUAAUGCCUGGGUUCAUCCACAACAUGCGUGCGAAUCAGCACAAGAAAAAGGAUUCAAUUGAGCACUUAAACUUGAAUGGAGCAAUAGUAGAUAUGGUUAAAAGUUAUGAAAAGCCCAGGAAUCCUGUUAUGCAUGGGAUCAAGAUAGGGUUUGGGAAGGGAAAUCCAAAUUCCAAUAUGUGGGUUAAGAGAAACAGGUUUAAAUAUUAA